UCUUUUUCUUCUCUCCUCCUCCUCCUCCUCUCCAAGAGCAGCACCCCGAGAAUCCAUCCAUCCAUCGAGCGCCUCGCCCUCCCUGCCAUUGCGCAUUCCGGGUGGCCGACCCGAAUCCCCCCUCGCCUCGCGAUCCAUCCAUCUCCUGUGGCGGCGCCCAGGAGCAGUAGGUGGUAAUCAUUCUUGGACCAGCAAGUCUGCCUCUAUCCUGGCACUAACUGCAAAGUGACUCUUAUAAGCAACCUUGUGUUCUCAUGGCUCAUUCUCAUGAGAUGACGAGUAGCAAACCUCCUGGUAUUCGAUUAUUUGGAGGCGUUACGGCAGUACGGACUUAUCAGGCACUUGUUUUGGUGCUUACGUUCAUUGCCUAUGCUUGCUUUCAUAUGACUAGGAAGAUACCAAGUAUUGUUAAAAGCGCGCUUGAUCCGCAGACAAAAUUGGGAUCCUCUCCAUGGGGACGACUGCACACAAAAAACACCCUUAACACUGGUUGGUUGCCGUUUAACACCGUUGACGGUUCAGCAUUGCUUGGUGAGAUAGAUGUGGCGUUUCUCGCGGUGUAUUCUGUUGGGAUGUUCUUUGCCGGGCAUCUUGGUGACCGCAUGGAUUUAAGGAUCUUUCUCUCAAUUGGCAUGUUCGGAACUGCUGUAUUCACUGCCCUCUUUGGUGCUGGAUAUUGGCUAAAUGUCCACAAUUUCUACUAUUUCCUGGUCAUUCAGAUGAUUGCCGGUUCGUUCCAAGCAAUUGGAUGGCCUUCGGUUGUUGCGGUUGUUGGAAACUGGUUUGGAAAGAGCAAGAGGGGAUUGAUUAUGGGCAUUUGGAAUGCACAUACUUCUGUCGGCAACAUAUCUGGUUCACUGCUGGCUGCAUUUCUACUGAAGUUUGGGUGGGGCUGGUCAUUUGCCAUCCCCAGCUUAAUCAUGGUUGUUGCUGGGUUGAUGGUGUUUAUUCUCUUACCAGUCAGUCCGGAGGUGAUGGAAAUAGACAUUGAUGAUGGGGAGGUAAAAUCUGUCAAAGAUACUACCAAAGAGCCCCUUCUGGAACCAGGACAAGAAGCGAAACACAGUGCAGUUGGUUUCUUACAGGCUUGGAAGAUUCCUGGAGUUGCACCCUUUGCUCUGUGCCUCUUCUUCUCCAAAUUGGUUGCAUACACCUUCUUGUAUUGGCUACCGUUCUACAUCAGCCAUACACCUAUUGGCGGUGAGUACCUCUCAGAUGCUUUGGCUGGCAGCUUAUCAACAGUCUUUGAUGUUGGAGGUGUGCUGGGAGGAGUCCUUGCUGGUCACAUCUCUGAUCGCUUAAAUGCACGAGCGAUUACAGCUGCCAGCUUCAUGUACUGCGCGAUACCUGCCCUCUUCUUAUACCGCACAUAUGGCAGCAUGUCGAUAAUGUGGAACAUUUGCCUCAUGUUCAUCACUGGGAUGUUCGUCAAUGGUCCUUACGCCCUAAUCACAACUGCGGUGUCAGCUGACCUUGGCACUCACAGCUCACUGAAUGGUAAUUCCCGGGCAUUGGCCACUGUGACAGCCAUCAUCGAUGGGACAGGGUCUGUUGGUGCAGCCAUUGGGCCAUUGCUGACAGGAUACAUCUCAUCAAGGAGCUGGAGUGCUGUGUUCACGAUGCUUAUGGCGGCAGCUCUCUUUGCGGGGCUCCUCUUGACACAACUUGUGUGCACUGAGCUAAGAGGAAAGGCUUCCUCCAAUGCGAGCAAGGAUGUCGCCGAUGCUCAAGCUACCUACUCAGAUGAAGUGUAAGACUGUAAGUACGACCUAGUUGCACCCGAGACACGAUACAUGGAUUAGAUUUUAGUAGCUUCAGCUCUGCUUGGCAAGAAGUUGCAUUUUAUUGCUUCCUGCACAUGCCUUGAUCGCCUCUGAUUUGAGGCUGAAAUGACCAAGGGGAUGUGAUUGCCAAGUGGUUGCUUAAUGCAACUCCAGGAGGAGGUGCAUGUAGUAGAUAGAUUAGUUUAGUUUCAGGUUCAGAGAAUACAGAGGUGAAAACACCUCACCAAAGUUUCUGAACCAAAAUAUAGGUUCAGGCCGGCUUGUACAUAUACUGGGUGAUAAGGUUUGCACCAUGUUGUUUGUAAUACUGCAAAUUUCAGCUUGUAUCAGAUUGAUUGUUGUAGUUUAGGGUAGACAAAGGGGAACCUCUCGUUCAAGGUCGCCCAAAGUCUGUAUCUGUUGGCCAUCUGGGCUUCUUUUGUAUAGUUCAGAAGAGUGAGAAAAUUUUGAGUUGAAAC